AUGGAAGGGGAUAAAUGUGGCGUUCGUAUAACGCCUCCGGUGCUAGAAUUCUAUGAUGCCGAAGUGGACACUGUGCAUCAACUAAAUGUCACUGUCAAAAACACAAGUAAAACCAGCAAAAGCAUUCGUUACUAUGGCCCGAAAACUAAGUAUUUUCAACUGAAAGUAAGGAACCCAAACAAGCCUGUAGCGCCAGGCCUAUGUGUUCCUGCUGUUGUAGAAUUUGAAAUCAAAGAGGAGAAGGAAGUUACAGACAGACUUGUUGUCACAGUAGAUGGGGAUGUUAUUGAAAUACCAUUGGUGGCGUAUCCACCACAACCUCUGCUUGAAAUUGAACAAGUUGUAAACUUUGGAAAUCUAGUGGCUAACAGUAAAACUGUUUCACAUGAAAUAUCCUUGGUCAACCAUGGCUCAAAGGCUGGUGAUUUUAAAAUCAAGUACAGCGGGGACAAGCCUAUUGCCAUCAUGCCUAGCAGUGGGUCUGUACCCCCUAAAAGUGUACAGAUGAUAAAGGUUGAAUAUGUCACUAAACAAGCUGGAGUUUUUGAAGAAGUGGUGAAGGUAAAACUUGAAGGGAAGGAAACUAAAAACCUUGUGAUAAAGGGAACAUUAGUAGACAGAACACUUGAGGUGCUGGCCAUGAAUACUCACCAGCCAGUAGAAUGUGUGCGCUUUGGAAGCACUUAUUAUGGCUCUGACAAAACAGAAUGUGCUUUACUGUUCAACAAUGGACCAGAACCUGUCAACUUUGUGGCUGUUCUGGAUGAAGAUGCAGUUGCACAAGAAAUGGGUGUGGACUUGUCCAAGAGUACAGUGGAUGCAUUGGCUGACCAGGAUAGGGAUGGCAUUGAGAAACCCCAGGGUACAACAAAUGUGCUGACCUCUCUCAUUACAGCUAUCCCUAACCAGGGCACACUGAAGCCCUAUGAGAAGAUACCAGUAUUUUUCAGGUUCAGUCCUAGAUGGAAUGCCUCAAAGGAGGGAUGGAAGGGACAGAAGAAGCCUCCCCCCAGGAAGGACUUUGCCCUGUUUAUGAGGAUUCAGAUUGUAGGAUCAAGCACAGGAUUUAGUUCCAAAUCACCCACUAAAUAUGCUGAUGGUUCAUUUGUGGAGGUUGCUUUGACUGGUACAGCAUUACCAGUACUGUUGUCAGUGUUGCCCUCUCUGAAGUACGACUUUGGGGAGUGUCCUAUAGGGGAACAUGCUGAUGUCCUGUGUACCAUUAAAAAUGAGUCGUCUGAUCUAGCCACUACCUUCCAGUUCAGGAGAGUGGCUCACUUUUCUACACAUCCACCUAGUGGAAAAAUCCCAGCAAAUCAAUCUCAGGAUGUUAUAUUCUCCUUUUCUCCAAAACAAAUUGGUGGCUUCAAGACAACCCAGAUGCUGGAUGUGAUUGGUCAGGUGGCAGACAACCAGAACCCAACAGUUGUCAACUUACAGGUCAUCAGCUCCUUCCCUCUGACCUUCCUCGGCUCCAGUGACCCUAUCUUCAAAAAGAAGCAACCCAAGUAUAACCCAGGUAUAACCCCCUACAUUAGCAAUGAGGUGGGUAUGUUUGUGGACACCACAUUCUCACAGCUAGACGAAAACCCCAGAAAUGCUGUAGCGGGAGGUUUAAAGCCAAGUCUCCAUUCUCAAAAAAAUGUUGACCCUACAGACGAUAAUGCCAGAGUGUCUUUCCCUAACGACAGAGCGACCAGCAUUCGCCCAAGCGAGCGGGGCGAGACCUAUAAAACUAUCUUUACCAAGACAAAACGUCAUAACUAUGUUGACCCUGACUACGCCCUUAAUCUAAAUGAGGAAGCCAGUAAAGUGAGCCAUCGUAACAGCUAUGUUGGUAUGCUUCGUCAAAUGAGGCAAAACCGCCUUAAUCAGAUUAAAUCAAGAGAAUUCAAGGAUACCAACAAUAAACUGGACAUAGGGAUAAAGUCUGCGGCUGGUUUGAAGCCAAAACGUCUCACACAGAUGGAGAUCAAACCAGAUCCUAGGAGUCCCACUCCACCAAAUGCAGACUUUAAACUCUUGAGUACAAAGGAACUUUCUGCAGCAGAAGCUGAAACUCUUACUAAAGAGGCUUGUGAGGGUCUGAAUGCUGUGCCAACAACUAAAGUGGAGAAGCUGGACUGUUCCAAGGUCUUGUCACCUCAGAUGUUACACCAGAUUAUUAUAGGUCCUCCAACCUUGGACUUUGGUCAGGUGUGUCUGCGGUCAGUUUGUACCAAAAACCUGUCCAUCAUCAACAAUUUAGACACACAUAUACAUAUUGUGGCAGAGAUUGACUGUCGCGAGCUUAGGCAGAGCAGUCCUUUGUCCCAAGUUGUUCCUCCAAAAUCCAAGGCACAUCUCCCCAUUGUGUUUGAAUCCAACUCUAAAGGAAAGUUUCAGAGGUCAGUGUCCUAUACUGUAAAUGGACAUUACAAGCACCAUGUCACCGUGGUGGCAGAAGUAGUUCAUGUAGCCCUGGAACUCUCGACUGACCAACUCAUCCUCACACCUGCAUUUGGACUCCCAGCUGAAGCAGAGUUCCGUGGAGUGAUUACACUGUAUAAUAAUCUCAAUUACCCAGCUGAGUUUACAUGGGCCCCUAACUUGGGGGACAGAGGGACAGCUUUCUCCAUCAGACCAGCUACAGGAAUCGUGGAUGCCCACAAAGAUCUUGACUGUGAAGUGGUGUGGCAUCCCUCAUUCCUCGCCCCCGAAGAUGGGUCAUUCUCCCUCAUGGUUCAUGGCGGCCCCACCCUGCAGCUCCAGUGUAAAGUUGAGAUGGGAACACCAAAUGUCCAGUUCAUGGAGAGGAGGGUAAUGUUUGGACAGACACCGAUUAAUCUGACCACAAUAAGGAGUGCUCUGCUAGCUAACACUGGUCAACACCAUGCCUAUUUCCAGGUGAUUGACUCCAACCCGUUCCCUGGCCUGAUGGUGACUCCUUUACAUGGAGUGGUGCCUGUUGGAGGCCAUGCUGAACUCAAAGUGCAGCUGACUCCUUCAGCCAUCCUCAAGUUUGACACAAAAGUUCAGGUGGCCAUCAAGGGGGGUAAGGUGCUGGAGUUACGGAUGGGUGGCACUGUGGAGCCACCAACUGUGGACAUAGACAUGGACUCAUUUAACUUUGGCGGUGUGUAUUGUGGAUCUGGAGCAACCCUCCCAUUCAAGCUCACAAACAAGGCAAUUACAAAAGUGAAGUUAGAGCUGGAUUUGACAAGAUACAAAGACUUUUCUCUCAAUUUCUCUGGCUACCAAACUCAAGAUGAUUACAGCUAUCAGAUGUUGAAUCCGGGGAUGUUCACUGUGACCAUGGCACCAGAGGAAACCAUUGAAGGAGAGAUAAUCUUCACCCCCACUGAGGUGGCAGCUUAUGACUUCAUCAUGCCUGUUAUAAUAAAUCAGAUUGGGGCUCCAUCUCCAGCCCCAACCCCUUUCCCUCCAACCCCUGCCCCUUCAAACAAGAACAGCAUACAGCAUAUUAUUAACCCCCGCCCCCAGCCCCUGUCCAUUGCUACGCCAAGGAAACAUGUCAUUGCUACUGCUCUGCGGCAGCCACUACAGUUAUCUUCCAACAAGAUUGAGUUUUCAUUGCCUUCGACUUUUGAGGAUCCUACAGCCUCCACUGGACUGGGAGUAUCUAAGGGUACCGUGCUUGUUAACAACAGCGACAAGCCCCUGAAAUGGGUGAUGGAUCUGAGUGCACCAGUGAAGGCUCUACAGGAUGGAAUAAUCAAAUUUAUCCAUCCAUCUGGAGUACCAUUUGUGGUUAUGAACCCACAGGAGAGUAAAGGCAUUGAAGGCAUUCUAGAGGCUGGACAGACCCAGCAUGUUGCUGUCUUAUUCUGUCCUACUGAACCAUGUCGCCAUGAGUUGGUAAUCCCAAUUCUGAUCAAUGACCUUGAGAAGCCUUACCAGUACCUUCAGGUCAUCGCAGAGAUGAAAUCUCCAAAGCUCUGGUUUGACCCUUUGGCCAUUGUUAUGACCCCUGUGCCUCUUAUGACAGAGGUUUCCACAGAAUUCACCGUUUUGGCUGGACAGUACAGCAAACCUUCCCAUAUCUCCGUGAUAACACCAACAGUUGAAUGUGAGGACGGCAGUACAAUUUCACCGAUCAGUGUUGUCUGGCCGGAGGGAUCAGAAGUAAGUCCCUGCUGUGGAGAUGAUGGACAGAUUGAACCUUGUGCUCUGCCUUGUAAACUCAUCUUUUCAAGCCCCAAACCAGUCUCCUUUGCAGAACCUAUCUUGUUUGUGGACUCUGACGACCGCAAAUUUAAGUUGGUGGUGAUGGCGACAGCUGACAAUUGUCUACUAACUUGUUAUCACUUCCUCGCCCUCCAUAGGACUGAUCACCAAAUUGUUUGUGAACCGGGUGCAUCACCCAAGGGUCGAAAGUUCCUGACAAACGAAAACAUCAACGGAGGGGAGGCUGUGAUUGUCCCAUGCGUGUCUCCCACACACAACAGUCGUCCCAGUACCAGUGCUACUAGCUCCAAUUUCCAGAUCUCCUCCUCUAGCUAUGAGUCUUCAGGCAGUGUAACAGAUUCCACAGAUGGCAGUACACCUAUAAAUCGGGAGGGUGCUAUGAACAAGCCUCCAUCUGGCUCUGAGCAUGCCAUGAGUCGCAAUCAACAGGACCUUGCUUCACGCUCCUUGGGCUCUGCCAUGUUCCCAGACGAAGAUUCUGAAGAGGGAAUAUUCCACCUGGAGGUUCUCCUGGCAGUCCAGAGAUGGUACUCGUCACAAGGUUGGCCUUCAGGCCAGUUUCCCAUCAGUAUUCCACACUCACUCAGGAGUGGUAUCAGCAGGAAGCCAAUCAACGAUGACAUGCCAAAGCAGGCCAAGGCUGGUAGUUGGGAUACUAAUAACCUGAAGAAAGAAUUCAAGACUAUAUAUGAUAUGAUGUGCCACCUUUCUGGGCGACCUAUACCUGGUAUUCCACUCAAUUCACCUUUACCCUCUGACCCCAUAGAGCGAGUCAAACAGGUGUACUGGCAGCACUCAACAUUGCUCACAUUCCUCAAGUGUCAGGGUGCCUGUGUAGCUGCCAUUAAACCUGAGUACUUGAUGGAGCCACGUGACUAUCACCUGUGGAAACAGAUGCAAAAGCAGCUGAAACUGGAGCUUGUAACACAGGGGGAGGAGGAGGAGGCCAAGAAAAUGGAUGAUGAGGAGGAGCUGGAAGGAGAUGUGUUUGAGGCUGUCUCAAAACGAGCCUGGACAGACAUCCUUCUACAGCUUCUCAAGUGUGUAGUCCUGAGCAAGGUAACUCCACGAAGCCUGAAAGGUCUUGUGCCUCCUGACAAGAAUGUUGAGAUGCCGGAGGUGAAUCCUGACCCACUGAGCAGCAACAUCUACAGUGUAGGGGAGAGAAUUAUCCUCACUUGGCUUAAUCAUCAUUAUGAACACUAUAGGACACGUAUCUGGUCAAACUGUAGUAAGGGAGGGGUACCUCCCUCACGUUGGAUUGUUAACUAUGACUUUGACUUGUUGGAUGGACUGGUGCUGGGAGCUGUCCUUGGGGCUCACAUGCCCUUCCUGAUUAAGACUCAUCUUCAGGAUAUGUAUACAAACCCUGCUACAGCAGAACAGUGUCUCCACAAUGCCCUCAAGGUUGUCAAUGCCAUGAGAUAUGCUGGCCUUGACUACGACAUCCAGGCGAUUGACAUCACAGACCCUAACCCUAUUGCCUUGUUAUUGCUGUGUGUAAAUCUGUACCAGCGACUGCCUCAGUACAUUCCUAAGGCCACGAUAGACUACUCUGGUAGUCUUCAUGCUACAGUGACGAGACAGGUGAAGCUGAGUAACCCCAGUGGUAAGACGCUGGUAUACCAAGUACUGAUUGCUGGACAUGAUGCUCGUGACUUCAGAAUCCCCAAAGGAGACUUUGUGUCUAUUGCUCCAAGGUCCACCUUAUAUCUCAAUGUUGAUUUCACAAGUCGAUUUCUACGCCCAGCAGAGGCCACACUUGUUCUGGUAGGACGACGUCAUGGUUCAUCAGUUGGGACAACGCUGACAUUCACUCUCAGAACUCAAAUAGAUAACAUCACACCCAAGGUAAGACUGAUAUCACAGAAGAAAACAGAAGAGUACACAAUUAAGUGUGAGUCACCAUGUUAUGAGUUAGAGAAGAUCCCUAUAAAUGUCCGGAAUCCAUUUAAUGAGGCUGGGGACUUCAGAAUUGUCCUGGUCGAGGCCCAGUCCAGUCUGCUUGAACCAGGAAAACCAACAUCUCUGCUAAAACCAAAAGAGAAAAGGAAACGAAAAGUACGAGCUCGUAUUGAUCAUGGUCAAAAGCGCCCAGAAACUCCACCCACUCCUCCACCAAAACCACCAGAGGAAACAGACAAAAACAGUGGUAAGUUGUUGGAUGACCAGGUGUCAAUGAGUGCAUUCUACAGUCCCAGCUCCAGUGUCCACCUGGAUGCAAAGGGCUCGUCCACUGUGGAAAUCUACUUUUUACCAUUCAACAUUGGUGACCGACAGGUAUCUGUGAUAUUCCUCAAUGAGUCAAUCGGGGAGUUUUUGUACUCAGUGGAGGCCACAGCCACCCUGCCACUCCCAGCAGUGGUGCCAUUCAUUAAAACACCCCAUAGUGUAAGGAUCAGCAGUGCUGCAGCAGCAGGUACAGGGCGUGGUCUGUUCGGUGGGGAUGACCGGGUUGUGUACUGGAAGUGUGAGUCAGGUCAGACACUUCAAGAGACGCUCAAGGUCCCAGUCCUCAACAAGACUAAGGAGAAGGCCCUACUGAUGGCUGCCCAACAGCACAUGUCCUCCAUGGAACUCCAGCGACGGCAGAUUACGGGAACCCUCAAAACGUGUAGUGUCACCUCGAAAACAAUUUCUCUGCUCACCAACAACAUAGCACAAAGCAUUAGCCGUACUUCAAAGCCCAACAAAUCUCCAUACGAGACCGAGUUUACUGUGGAAGUAGACUCAGAAUUCUUCAGCCUCCCCAACAAACUAACAAUGAGACCUCCCCCUUCAUCACGAUCCCAAAGCGCUUCAGCUACAGACUACCAAGGGAAGGAGCCUUUUAUGGAGCUGCCCAUCAAGUUCAAGGCUAAGGAACCAGGUCACUACCCCUGUCAGGUGGUCCUGAGGGGCUGUGACGAUGUCAGGGUCUACAAGAUUGAGUGCACAGUCAACCCAGAGGGCAGCACUGCAGAGUUACAAUUCAAGACACCAGUUCAUCAGUCAGUCUCACAGGAAAUACCAGUUGUGAACAUGACAAAUCAUGACUGGCCACUGAAGGCGACCAUAGAGGGAUCUGGGUUCUAUGGACCCCCUACAGUGCUGGUAAAGGCAUACAACCCAACAACUUACCCACUGGUCUUCAAACCUCAGAAUGAGGUCGAGGUCAAGGGAAAGCUGGUACUUACUAACACUGAGGACGGUACAGAACACAUCUACCACCUUCACGGUCAUCCAGAGAAACCGCUAGCUCUUGAUCACGUAGUCAUCAAAUGUGAUGCUAAGAAAAGCACGGCACAUAUCUUAAAGAUUCCAAAUGUUACCAAAAAGAAAAUGUGUUAUAGAGUUGAGUCUGAUCUGCCUUUCCUGAGUGGAAACACUUCCCUGACCGUGCUCCAGGGUAAGACUGGGGUGUACAACAUGUCCCUCACACCAUCCAAACGUGGUAUCUACAAGGGCAUAGUGGCCUUCAUCGCUGGCAAAAACCCAGUCAUUGAGAUAGAUAGUGACGGAGAUGAAAUUCCAGAAGAUGAGGAUGAGGAGAGUAGGAAAUACUAUGGUUACCGCAUCUGGUACUCCCUGGAGGUCCAUGUGAAACCCCCACCACCAGAGCGCAUCAUGUCUGUCGUCUGUGCUUGUCAGAAAAAAGCUGUGAUAGAAGUAAUCGUGCGGAACCCCACACCUGACAACAUCACCAUUCAAGCCCAAAUAGAGGGACGCAACCUCUCUGGGCCCUCCAGUAUUUCUUUGGACGCUGGAGAAAAGGAUGUGUACACUGUAACAUAUGCUCCAGCUAUUGUUGGCAAACAGAGAGGAAGUCUGAUAUUUUAUCAUGAGAGCGUGGGAGAGUUCUGGUACGACCUUCGCCUUCAAGCUGAGCCCCCACCACAGACCACUCUCCCACACAUGGAGUGUGAUCUUGGACGUUGGACGAAACAGACUAUCAUGUUGGAGAACCCAACAGAUGAGACCUUGGAGUUGAUCCCAACAAUGUCCAACACCAAUAACUUCUCAUUGGAACGUGACAAUGAACGCCCACUAGUGCUUCGACCACGAUCUUCUAUUGAAGUGCCUAUCCACUUCAUGCCAUCCACUCUAGGUCAGGGUGACCACCUGACUAAGGUCAUAUUCAACAGUGAACAGCUUGGUGAAUGGGUGUUCAUUGCCUCUGGGACAGGACUACUGCCUCUUCCCCAGGACCCGGUCAGUGUGUUUACAGAGGCCGGCUCCAACACCACCCUUAUCAUUCCUUUCCGUAAUCCUAUGGACCAUGCUGUCUUAGUGGAUAUCUUACUUAGAGACACGAAUUCAGAGAUUGAUGGACUGAUGAAUGGACAAGCAAGUCCAUCUAACAAAAUGGCUGAUGACUCGGCAUUCUGCUUGCUGCUCAAACACAGACACAUGAUCCGAGUCGGACCUAAAUCCACAUUGGAUAUCCCAGUGUGCUUUGCUCCAACAGAGAUGAUGAAGUAUGAUGCUCUAUGUACAGUUGUAGUACGGAAGGAGGAUGGCGGAAAAUGGCAGUAUGCUCCUAGGGAUAGUGAAGGUUACCAGUUGGCGACCACUGGUAGCGAUGGCCUCCAGGAGAUCAGAUGGGUCUAUCCCAUCAGUGGCAUUCCUGAAUCCAAACCAGCUAAGGACACCCAGGGGGCAGUGAUUGAGUGCAAGGCUAGAGACCGUGUGGAGGAAAGGUUAGAGGUCACACUGGCAGGUGUGGCCCCAGCCAGCUCUGGGCCACAACGAAGCAUUCUUACCAGAUCUGUUACACCAAAAGACCAGAAACCCAAGAUACCUGAUGGAGUAGUGAUCGGAGAAACAUUAGCCACAGCAGAGGAAUUUGUUCAUGAGCUGGGAUUCUCUGAUAACGAGGCGCGGGAAAACCUUCAGAAUUCUGUGGCAGUGAAGUUGGUUCGUCAACAACGUGAUACUAGUUCUGGCUUAGUCAUUCUUGUCUACAAUGUUGUUUAUGCACCUUUCAAACCAAUGAGCCACAAUGUGGAGCUGGUAGUAAAAGCAGCCACAGGAGGCUUGUGGCGGUUCCCUCUAAAGUUUGUAGCAGCAGAGCCUCCAUCUGACGACACCAUUACCAUUGAAGCUACAGGACUGAACCAGGAAUCUAGUGUAGGCUUCCGACUCACCAGUCAAGCUAAACACCCAGUGAUAUAUAAUGCUUAUUUCACUGCGGGAAGUGAUCCUGAGUUUGUGGUAAGCCCCCAGUCUGGAGAACUCCUACCACAAGGGACCAAUGGAACACUGGUCAAAAUCAAUUUCAAACCAGCAGUCUAUGGUAAACUGUACCAGGCUAAACUCAUAAUACAGACACCAGACAUGCAGUGGAGCUACAAUGUAAAGGGGGUGUUACCCCAGUACAACCCACCUCGAGGAAUUUCCACCCAACCCAUGGCUGGACCGCAUCCUGACCCUAGACUCAGAAUGGAACGUGUCAAUUACAUCCGUGAAAACAUUCGUUUGCUAACAACUGCAGUGUCAUCGCCAAUCAAGGGAGCAAAUCUAGUCCCUCGGAAACUUGUCCAGUUUUCAUGAUGUGAAAAAAACCAUCUAGUAAUACAUAUCAGAAGAAAAAAUUCCAAUGAAUACAUCAGGACCAAUGUUUUAAACUGUGUUGGAAAGUAAC